CCGCGGGGGAGAUAUCGGGCCAUGAACGGGUUGCGCCACUGCCAGCCCCUCGUGGACACCCUCAUCAGCAGCAUCAAGAAGAGGUUCAAGGAUCAGCUCUGGAACCGAGAAUUGGUCGUGGCGGCCUGCCUUGUGCCGAUGUUCCGCCUUGACUGGAUUCGGGGCACAGUUGAAGAAGGGGACAACAAGGUGUAUGAGGCGCGGGCUUGGCUUCACGAGGCCAUUGCAGACCUCGCGGAAGCAACAGAGGCGACCGGGGAGCUCGAGAGUGAAGGUGAAAUUCCCGAUGACCCCGAGACUAUGGACACGGACAACACCGUGGUGCGGCAAUUGUUCAGCUUUCUGGCUCCACACAGGCCACAGCCCAUGAAUGGACCAGCAGAGGAGCUGGAUCGGUUCCUUGCUGAACCAAUUGUCACCGAGGACUUUAUAAAAAACUGUAAAUAUCUGAAAGAUUUGUUUAUUAGAUCAAAUACUUGUCUGCCAGCAAGCGCGGCUGUGGAGCGGCUAUUUAGUCACGCCGGUCUCGUGCUAAAUCCGCGUCGGACGCGGUUGGCUGACAAGCUAUUUGAUAAUUUAGUAUUUUUGGGGGUCAACCAAGAACUGCUUAUGUAAAUAGAAAUUUCUAAUCUUUAUUUUCGUUAUUUCUGUGUGUUACGACGUUUUAAGUAUGUACUUUUAAUCUUCUCUUGUAUCUU